AUGCUGCGUGGAAGUGGCUGGUUUGGUGUGGUAUGGAUGGCAGAGCAGAAAAUAUCAUAUGAUAAGAAGAAACAAGAAGAAUUAAUGCAACAGUACCUGAAAGAACAGGAAUCCUAUGAUAAUAGGUUGCUUAUGGGUGAUGAGCGUGUGAAGAAUGGCCUUAAUUUCAUGUAUGAGGCCCCACCUGGAGCAAAGAAAGAGGAAACUAAAGAGCAAAAAUGAGAGACUGAAUACAAAUUUGAAUGGCAAAAAUUUUUUAUUCGUGACAGAUAUGCUAAGGAUGAUAUGAAUAUCAGAGAUCAGCCAUUUGGUAUCCAGGUGCGGAAUGUGAGGUGUAUUAAAUGCCACAAGUGGGGCCAUGUAAACACUGAUCGAGAAUGUCCCUUGUUUGGCCUUUCAGGAAUUAACGCCAGUUCAGUCUCCAGCGAUGGUUCAGGGCCAUCAAUGCACCCCUCGGAGCUAAUAGCGGAGAUGAGAAACAGUGGGUUUGCACUGAAACGGAAUGUGCUGGGGAGAAACUUGACCGCAAAUGAUCCAUCACAGGAAUUUGUUGCAAGUGAAGGAGAUGAUGAUCCAGAAGUUGAAUUUUUAAAAUCGCUGUCAACCAAACAAAAACAGAAACUUCUAAGGAAGUUGGAUCGUCUGGAGAAGAAAAAGAAAAAGAAAGACAGAAAGAAGAAAAAGCAGCAAAAGAAAAAAAGCAAAAGUAAACACAAGAAACAUAAGAUGAGAUCCUCUUCCUCAUCCUCCAGUGAGACUUCAGGAAGCAGCAGCGAUAGCGAGACUGACAGCAGAGAUAAAGCAACACAAAAGAAGAUGUCUUCUAAGAAAAGAAGAAAAGACAAGUUUUCAGAGGCUAGCAGCAGCACCGAUUCAGAAGGAAAGGCAAAGACCAGGAAGGAAAAACUUUGUGAAGAUCUCUCCAGUAGUCACGGUAACAAGGACAAAGAUAGGGAGAAGUACAGACUUUCAAAGCAAGAUAGUUCUGCGGAGAACAACAAAUGGAGCUCCUGUGAGGGGGAAAGAAAGUCCAAAAGCAGGUACCAUAGCACCAACAAGAGAGAGACUGAAGGAAAGGACAGGGAUAGUAGAAGCCGAAGCGUGGAUGAGAGGAGCAGGAGAAGCCCUGGCACAAGUCACAGCAGUUCCAGGCAAAGGCAAAGAAGAAAAAGUCCAUGCCAAAGCCCUGGUGAAGAGCGGCACAGGAAAAAUGAAACCAGAAGCCCCAGCUCAGAUGUGCACAGAGAGAAGAAAAAGUGUCAAGAGGGCUAUGGGGACAAGUUGGGUAAAGGGGAGCACAGAGAAAGGAGCAGACGUAGUAGAAGCAGAAGCAGAGAGAGGAAGAAAAACAGAUAGUGUAGGGGACAGGUGCAAACAAGAAUGUCUCCCUUUUUUGAUGAAUACCUUUAGCAAGGGCUCAAUUACAUAUUGCCGUUCAUUUUCCAACCUCUGUAACUAGCAUUUCCUACAUAAAGGCAACAGCAUCAUUUCUAUAAUGUUGGAAUAUUUGUAAAUUAGGUAUAUAUGUUACGGUAUUUUUCUUACUCUAUAAAUAUACCUGCUGGCAAAUACCUCUUGUAUAUAUGCAG